GGCUGCUGUGGAAGAUGGCCAUCUGCACGAAUGGCUUCACAAGCAACGGAAAGAACGAACCUCGACAGCUCAGAUGCGGUGAGUGAAACAGCAAGGAGUGACCGGAGUGGCUGAUAUGGUCUGCUUCCUCUGUGUGUGUCCUGCAGGCCAUUCGUUCUGCGCAGAUGUGAGAAGCAGGGAGGCGGCUCUUGCUGUGACAGCCACAGAUCUGAUGUGUGUGCUGUGUGUAGUGCAUCGUUGACCUCCACCGUCACGCAGCCAACAACACCAUCCCAUGCCCCAACAGAUGCGGGUUAGACACUCAAGAUAACUCAUGAAGGGACGGCCGCAUGUGAGUGUGCCCUGUGUCUGAUACGAUAGGCUGGCGACGCCAGUACUGGUCGACGUCGAUGUACCUAAGAACUAUGCCCUGGCGGCCGCAGUGGAGCGGAAUGAGCAGCAAGGUACACAAAGGAAUGCAUACAAAGGCACACACACACAGAAACACACACACACACACUCUUGUCGACUGAAGGUUGAUGUACCUCUUCUUCGUGCAGAGCUUCAGCAGCUGACUCUGCUGCACAAGUGCGCCACUGCCGCCCACUCAUUGACACCGCCGGAGGUGGCGCAGGUCAUGCAGAUGUGCGGCCUCUCACACGCGACGGACACUCUGCCGAACAUGCGCAGUCGUCUGCACGGCCACCUGACGGUAAGUGUGACCGACCCACUCACACACGCUAUCAAUCAGCCGUGUCUCCCCGUCUGUGUUUGGUCUGCAGUCGUCGAUUGAGGGCAGUAAGGUCACGAGGCUGCACGAAAUGUUUAUCACCAAGUGGGCCAAUGCGGGCAACAAGUCACUCCGGCUGAUCUACCAGUACAGCUGGUGUCAACAACGUGGCCAACAGACAGAGCCACUGCAUCUCUGCGCGUGUGUGCCAUUAGAUCGACGCGCGACGGGCCAUCGUACGGCGAUUUCCUGCGCUGUGUCGGCGAUGCGAGUGGCCUCGUGUUCGUCGUCAUCAAGGACAAGUACGUAUUUGGGGCCUUCAUCAGCACCAGCAUCCAGCUCCCCGACGACCUAGCAGGCGACAAUCGCUACGAGUGUGAUGUGUGGCAUUUCUCACUGGCCGGCCACUUCCGCCAAUUGACCAAGAUUGCUGCAAAAGGCAGGGAGACAGUGAAUGUGGCCGGGCGGGAGGGGCUUACAGCGGCUGGGGCGAAGCUGGAGAUCGGUGGGUGUCUGGAUUUGGGAUGUGUUCCUGCUGCUGAUGAUAUCCGCAGCUGCUAUCAGUUCAUACACAGCGGUGAUGUGCCUGAGGGCUAUAUGGGGGUGAGAUAUGGGUUUGCCAAUGCCCUGUUUGGGGGCAGCAGAAUGUUUAUGGCUGACAAUGUGGAGGUCCUGAGUGUGGCGUAAGCCGUCUAAGAAGGGACCGUAUGCCAAGGCUCUGUUUGGGGGCAGCAGGCGCUUCAUGGCUGAUGAGGUGGAGGUACUCACUGCGGUGUGACAAUGAGGAAGGAGAGGUCAGAUUGAUUGAGGGUUGCAUGCCACUCCUCGAGACAUGACAUGCUUUGGUGACUGUAUGUAUGUCUGUACACUCAUUUUAUUCAGCUGCGAGGCCUUUCGUUAUUGCUUUCUGCGUGUUUGUGGUGUGAUGUCGUAUAUAAUACCAUUGCCGUACGUGUCCUGCUUUUAGCCAACUGUGUGGUCUGGCUACACAGCAGAAGGUGUCUGAAUGAGACAUCCGUCACAAGAGCCACAUGAUGCGUAUCUGUUUGGACUAUGAUGGUGGCCUUUCUCCCAUCGUUUGGUGCAUCUUUUUGCGAAGGGGGUACUACAUGUGUGCGUCCCUUCGCUGCCUGUCGCGUGUCUGCGUGUGGAUGUGUGUGUGCGUGUGUAUAUACAACAAUCCCUGAUGUGGUCUCCCAAGCCACGCACCCAGACAUACACACCAACGCAUGAGUGCCGUCAAACGUGAUUGUGACUCGUGACUGCGAUGCACGCAAAAUCGACG